CAGCAGAGCCUGCGGAAGGCGGUGGUGGCGGCGGCACCUGCGAGUGGAAGCUGGGGCAGGGCAUGGUCGCGCCCGCCGCGCUGUGAGAGCGGAGCGGCCGCUGGGUCCGCCAUGCGCCCGCGGCGCUGACAUGGGCGCCAGCGGCUCCAAAGCUCGGGGCCUCUGGCCCUUUGCCUCCACUCCGGGGGGCGGCGGCCCAGAGGCGGCAGGCUCCGAGCAGUCUCUGGUGCGGUCUCGAGCCCGAGCAGUGCCUCCCUUCGUAUUCACGCGCCGCGGCUCCAUGUUCUAUGAUGAAGAUGGAGAUCUGGCUCACGAAUUCUAUGAGGAGACAAUCGUCACAAAGAAUGGGCAGAAGCGAGCCAAGCUGAGGCGGGUACAUAAGAAUCUGAUUCCUCAGGGCAUCGUGAAGCUGGAUCCUCCCCGAAUCCACGUGGAUUUCCCUGUGAUCCUCUAUGAAGUAUGAAUCUGCGUGUGGCAUGGCAGACACGAGCACCCACUGCCCCAGCAAGAAACUCCCAGGAUCAAGGUGUAGCUUCCAUUCAGGAGUCCAGGCUGGUGCCACAACCUUGAAUAAACUAAACUCCAUUGGCCCA